UCAGGAUGUAAUAAAAGACAUAACAUUUUCAGUUAGUUACAGGCAGUCUAAUAAAUUAAAUGAUUUGUUAUUACAAUCGAGUUCAAAUUUAUCAUUUUUCAUUACGUUGACCGAUUCUUGUUUGGAGGCUGUAACCCGAAUAAACAAUAACAAGAAAUCUUCCAUCAAACUCCCUGUAUAUUUUACAAGAUGUUCCAAUGAAACAGAUAGUUUAACAAUUCAGUCGACAACUAUAAAGGCAGGUCCAUCGUUGGUGGAAGUCGUUGGACGUUUAUCUACAAAUAUCCUGAGUGUAGAUAUAUUCCAAAGAUUUGAAUCGUCGGAUGGGCUGAAAACUGAUAUGAUACCUCUGACUAUCCUGCCCAAACCUUUUGACUUAUACUUAAAUGUUUCAAACACAUUCAAACAUGGGUCUAUUUCACUUUCAAUUACACAACUGGAUCUAAAGUUGCUCAAGGAUGAAGAUCUGGACAGUUAUGUCAAUGUGAUAAGAGUAGAUGUCCCACCGAGAUGUAAAAUGUUUGCCAAGUUCAUCUUAAAUGAUUCAUCAGAUGAGCUUUUAGUCAGCAUUAAAUUGGGACUCCGGCCGUACUAUGAACUUAUACUGGAAUCAUCAACAAAAAUCAAUGCCAACAUGACUACCUUUAAUGUUCCUUACAGAGUCAUCAAUGAUAAUCAGUUUAUGUAUAUAGGAGUGAUACCUAGUCCGAAUACUCCUCCAGGAAAGACUGUUAAUUUCUCCUUGGAUUAUUUUUGCAAUACCUGUCUAACGAGGUUUCAACAUACUUGGGUGACAAAUUUCUGUUCUGUUGGAGAAGAGACAAGCCAUUCUACGAUUCACUGCACUUGCAAACAUCUGAGUAUAUUCAGUGGAGUUUUUGUUGUUCCUCCAAAAGCAGUCGAUCCGUUCAAAGAAGUUCAUUUAUUUUUAACUGUAAAAGAUAAUCCAUACAUUGUCCUGUAUGUGGUAACUGUUUUGCUUGUCUUUUUACUAUUGUGCAUAUUAGCGAUAUUCAAGGAUCGAAAACAGUCAGCAGCCAGAGAAGUUAUGUAUUUGGAAGACAACUUUCCUGAUGAUAAGUAUUUUUACAUCUUGGCAGUUUUCACUGGUUGUAGGUUUAUGGCAAGUACAAAUGCUAACGUCGGGGUACAGAUAAGAGGAACUAGUGGCAGGAGCCAUGCCCAUAUAUUAAAGUCUAGGGCACGGAAAGUCCUAAGGUACAAUUCUGAUGAUUGGUUCUUGUUGAGUACUUCUGUUCACUUAGGAACAAUCAAUGAAAUUCAUAUUUGGCAUGACAGUAAUGGACGUUUUUCUGAUUGGUAUUGUGAAAAAAUUCUUUUGUAUGACAUAAAUACAUCCACAGUGUACACAUUUUUUGCUGAGGAAUGGAUCGCUUUAGGAAAUAAUAAAUUCCCUGAAGCGUUGUUAUUCCCAGCAACUGCUGACGAUUUCAGGAGCUUAAGUAGAAUCUUUUUUGAAAAUCUCAAACAUGGAAUCACGCACUGUCACAUUUUGGCUGGUAUAUUUUCUCGACAUCGUGACAUUAAAAUGACAAAGCUUGAUAGAGUUGUGAUUAUUUGUUCAAUAAUUAUGUCGGCCAGUCUUAUCGGAAUAUCAUUUUUUAAAUUGGACAAACAUAAACAUGAAGGCAUUGAUGAUUAUCACUAUUCAGUUGGAACUAAGACAUUCAUAAAAGGAGUCCAAAUUUUCCUUUUAAAUGCCUUUUUUAUUGUAUUUUUUCAGACAAUUUUUAAAUUGAGCUACUUCAUAGAAGGCCAAGGGAAAGAAAAUGAUUUUAAGAUAUAUGAAGGAGAAACAGAAUCAAGAUAUUAUUCAGUAGGAAAUAAACAAUCUUACUCAAUGUUUUUAAAACCAGCAAAACGGUCUCACAUGACUUCUUAUGAAAAGUUUGUUCAAAUGAUAUACAAGGUUUACAGACCUAUGACACAUUUGCCUGUAGUUCUAUCAAGAUCUUCUCAAGUGAUCACUAGGAGGCCUGUAUAUUAUGCAAUUGCCUGGAUGAGUAGUAUACUUACCAUUUCUCUUUGUUCUUACUUCAUCAUUCUUUACGGCUUGAAAAUGGGAGAAAAUAAGAGCAAAAAAUGGAUAAGUUACAUUGGCUUUGCUAUGAUAAAUCACUUUGUUGUCUUGAUCCCAAUUAAAAUAGUAUUAGUGGCUGUAAUCUUGGCAUCUCAUUUUGUACAUUUAGUCCCGAUUUCAAAUUAUAAAUUGAAAACCGAAGACGUCGUACAAAUGAAAAAUGAAAUUGAUCAUCAUGGGGUACUACAUAAAAGAAGAAGCUGUUUUUACCACCCACUGAACAUCGAAUCCAUGACGAAUAUAAGGGAGCAAAGAGAACGCCUUAAUCAAGUUUUCAAAAUAAUGAAUUUAGUCUUAAUUUCAUCUGUUAUCAUUGUUGUAGUAGUGGCAGGUAUUCAGGGAGACCGUUACUUUGAUGCUAACCAACACAUAAAAAUGAUGUUUCAAUUACAUGGCAACAACUACAUCAGGAGUUUCUCCAAAGUUAGCAAUAGGAGUCAGUUUUUGGAUUACUUGAUGGAUACUGUAGUCAACUCGGACACAUUUUACAGGAAAAUGUGGUACAACAAAUACAGUCUUAGUGACUCGUUUCUGCAAGAAAUAAUUUCCUGGGCAAGUGAUUGCACUUAUCAGGUUAUCGGUGUUCCUGUGCUUCGUCAGUUGCGAGUCAUUCCAAAUACAUGUAGUAUCAAUGAAGUGUUCAAGAAUAUAAUUUAUGAGUGCAUCCCGGCCUGGAGUGUGGACGUACAAGACAAUGAUAAUUACGACUACAAGUGGUCAUUGAUUGAAUGGAGAGCUCAAUACUCAAGUUCCGAAUGGACAUUCCAAACCCCUAAGAAUUCUGAGUUGCCAUUCUCAGACAGUGUUAGUGGCAUAAGCUAUCCUCGCGGAGGUUAUAUCGCUAAACUCGGCACAACAAGGUAUCAGAAUAACUACAAGCUGCUCCGACUCAUCGACGGACGCUGGGUAGACCAAUACACUCGUGUUGUUUUUGGUGCAUUCACUCUUUACAACGUCAAUACUCACAUAUUUACCCAGAUUAGAUUUGUAGCAGAACACCUACCAACCGGAUUAUAUCUGACAAAGGUAGAGGUUGAAUCCGUCGCACCAACCUUUCAUGAGGCACUUUACAGUAUAGUGUAUAUUGUUUACACAUUCGUUCUAACUUGUAAGACUUUUAUUACAGUCCACAGACAUGGUAAAGAUUUUAUAAAACUCAAAAACAUAUUUCAGAUGUUCCUAAUAGGGCUAGGGAUACUAACCAUUGUGUUUAUUGUGAUACACAUUCAUGUAUCAUCGGCGUAUAUUUCCAACUUCCAGAAAGAUGAAUCAGGUGUUGUGUUCCAGUUCUAUAAUAUCAUCAAAUACCAAGCAAUAUCCAACAAGUUGUCGAUACUUUUCUUUGCUGGUUUGGUGGUGAGACUCUUAAUGCUUUGGACUUUUGGUAAAGUGUACUUGAACACUGCUGUUACACUACAAGUGAUGGCAUCCACCCUGAUACUAGUCUGUGUUUGUGUGGUGAUUCUUUGUUUCAACCAUUGGAAAAUAUUAAACUUUUUGAAUUUUUUCUCAUUUUCAAGACAAGAUUGUGUAAUGAGAGGGUCUGUCACUUUAAUUGCUCAUCGAUGCUUUCAAGAUAGCCCGAUAAAUACAAUAUUUUAUAUGAUUAUAAGGGCAAUACUUUGUCUACUGCUUAUUUUGUUUUCAGUUGAGUAUAAGUUGGUAAAAUAUAGAUCUGAUAGCUGAAGGAAGUUGGACUUUUUGUUUGAUGGAGACAAUUUAGUGGCUGCAACAAGCGUUGUUCAAUAGCUAUAACAA